AUGGCGUCCCUCCUGCUGGCGGCGAGCCUCCUCCUGCUGCUGGCGGCGUCCCCGGGGGCGCGGGGGGGCAACAUCCUGGUGUUCCCGGUGGACGGCAGCCAUUGGGUGAACAUGAACCUGCUGCUGCGGGGCCUGCACGCGCGCGGCCACCAGCUCACCGUGGUGCGCACGGCGAGCAGUUGGUACGUUAAGGAGCGGGCGCCGCACUACCGCGCCGUUACCGUGGCGCUGCCGCACGCCAUCGACAUCGAGGAGCCCGACUUCUUCGGCCUGAGGGCGGCGAAGUUCGACCUGGUGCUAAUGGACCCCGGUUUGCCGGUGGGGGUUCUGGUGGCGCACGAACUGGGGCUGCCCACCGUGUUCAACGUGCGCUGGAUCACCAGCGGCGAGGGCCACUUCGUGGUGGCGCCCUCGCCCAUUUCCUACGUCCCCGCCUCCGGCCACGCCGCCACCGACCGCAUGGCAUUCUGGGAGCGCGUGGCUAACGCGCUCUUCUACGUCCUGAACGCCUGCAUCGACCGCCUGGUGGUCUGCCCCCACUACGACCGGCUGGUGGAAAGGUACCUCGGCCCGGACGUGAGCUUCUACCACCUGCUGCAGGGCGCCGACUUCUGGCUGAUGCGCGUGGACUUUGUGUUCGAGUUCCCGCGGCCCACCAUGCCCAACGUAGCGUACAUCGGCGGGUUCCAGUGCGGGCCGGCGCGGCCGCUAGCCCCGGAGCUGGAGGCGUUCGUGCAGAGCUCCGGGGAGCACGGCUUCGUGCUAAUGUCUCUGGGCACGCUAGUCCAGGGCCUCCCGGCGGACAUCACCGCGGAGAUAGCCGCCGCCUUCGCCGCCAUCCCUCAGAAGGUGGUUUGGCGGCACGCGGGCGAGCGCCCGCCUAACCUCGGAAACAACACGCUGCUGCUGGACUGGAUCCCGCAGAACGACCUGCUGGGCCACCCGAAGGCGCGCGCCUUCGUGGCGCACGGCGGGACCAACGGCGCGUACGAGGCCGUGUUCCACGGCGUUCCCGUGGUGGGCGUCCCGCUGCUGUUCGACCAGUUCGAGAACGUGCUAAGGCUGCAGGCGCGCGGCGCCGCGCGGGCGGUCGACGCCGCGGCGCUAACCCGGGAGAGCUUCCUGGAGGCGCUAGAGGACGUGCUGCACAAUCCCAGCUACCGGGAAAGCAUGCGGCGCCUGUCGGACCUCCACCGCGACCGGCCGAUGGCGCCCCUGGACACCGCCAUGUUCUGGGUGGAGUUCGUCAUGCGGCAUGGGGGCGCCGCUCACCUGCGCACCGAGUCCUUCAGGAUGAGCUGGCUAGCCUACCACUCCGUGGACGUCUGGAGCUUCCUGGGCGCCGUCCUGCUGGUGCUAACGGCGGCUAUCGUUGGGUCGCUACGGUUCCUCUGCCUCCGGGUGUGCGGGAGGAGGAAGGCCAAGCAGGAAGACGGCUCCAGGGAAAGCACACGGCGCCUGUCGGCCCUCCACUCCGUGGACGUCUGGAGCUUCCUGGGCGCCGUCCUGCUGGUGCUAACGGCGGCUAUCGUUGGGUCGCUACGGUUCCUCUGCCUCCGGGUGUGCGGGAGGAGGAAAGCCAAGCAGGAGUAG